CUCCCAUGACGUCUGUCCUAAUCUGGCGGCGAUGGCACCAUUCUACUACGGUGCUCGCGCCUCUUUAGAUAUUGUGGUAGGUUACCAGUAUUGUCGAAUAUCUGAAGUAGGUGCUGGAAAUAACGAGCCUAAGGUUGUAGCUUGGGUAGAUGAUCCUAUACGUUACACACAUAUCCCAGUUAUUAUAAUACGAUGCCAAUAUUUGCUUGCUUAUUGAGUUAUUUGACUACAAUCCAGUACGAUGAAGACUAAAUAUCGUACAUACGCGUUGCAGGCGGGCCGUCGCUUACCGCACAAACUUCUCUCUUUGCUGCUUCCAUGUCGGAUCCACCAUUCUGGUUGCGCAAGCUGACCGCAAUAAAAUCGCGUCUGUUUCCUGGUGGUGACGCUAACUUGACUCGACUGAGGAGGAGGCAGGCACUCUUCGCUGCUAUGGGUCGCAGGUUACCCCUUCUCCGGAUUCUCCUUUUCGUCACUGGAUAUCUUUGGAUGCUUGCAAUACCUGCUCUGCCUGGUCGAGGAACGUACAUUGAUGAGAAUGCACUGCUACCUGGCCAGGUCAACACAAACUGGAAUUGGGCCGAAGUUCAUGCAGCUGAUCGCUACCUGGAUCACAUAGAAAGACUACAAGAUGGCAAUGCCACGAGUGAGCAGCGCGCCCAAUAUUUUGUGGAGGAAUUCAAGAAACUGGGGGUAGCUGCAUCCACCCAGAAUUACACGUUUUCGACCGUGUUUGGCGAGUCGAGCGGAACUAAUGCCUAUGCCAUAAUGUCCGCUCCACGUUCUCCAGGCGUCGAGGCUAUGGUCAUCAGUGCCUCUUGGCUUAGUCGCACUGGUGAGGGUGAUGGAUCUUUAAACUUGCGCGGUGUGUCUACGGUCUUAGCACUCGCUGGGUUCUUGCGCCGAUAUUCGUUCUGGGCCAAAGACUUGAUUUUUGUAAUAAGUGAUGAUUAUCUUGAGGGAAUGCAGGCUUGGCUAAGUGCUUACCAUGGCGUUUCCCACUCAAACCUGCAUACCAAUGAUCUAGAUUUAUCAUCUGGUGUAAUAUGGACAGCCCUCAAUAUCGAUUACCCAGGUCAUUCGUUCUCCCAUCUGGGUAUCUUCCACGAGGGUCUCAACGGUCGACUCCCUAACCAAGAUCUUCUCAAUUCUUUCAAACGCAUUUCAAAAUAUUCUGGUGGCGUCCCUGUCAUUCUUUACGACUACAUGGAUCAUCAGGAAUUCCCCGAUCAGUACGACUUAUUGCCCUCAUGGAUCCCUGCUUCAGUACGGCAGCACCAGGGCGUGAAGGCAUAUUUGUAUCGUUUCAAAAAUGUAUUGCACCAUGGAAGAUAUCAAGCGCGCGGAAUAGGCAGUGGCGUACAUGCACUCUUUCAUCAAUUUCGCAUUGAUGCCUUCACUAUAUUCGCCCUCCCUGCGACAGGGCCUCAUGGGUUUCAUGCAAUUGGACGUAUCAUUGAAUCCACGUUGAGAACCACGAAUAACCUAUUGGAACGCUUACACGCGUCCUUCUUCUUUUAUAUCAUGACUGACCCGGAUCAUUUCCUCAAGAUCGGUCUCUAUCUUCCUAGUGCAAUUCUUAUUAGUGUUGCCAUGAUGUUCACCGGCCUAGGGCUAUGGGUUGAGGCGGGUUGGACUGCAUCGGGAGAUGAGAAGUCAAUUGACAGGAAAUGGACGAGGAGGAAGCGGCCUGUUCUUCACGUGCUUGCAAUCAUGAUAUCGACGCACCUCUUAGGCGCCACGAUGUUUUAUUUGGUGAAUACCGAGCUAUUUUUCAGGAGUUGGAUUUGCCCCGUAGCCGUCAUGCUCAUGACGGCAAUCCUACCAAUAUACACUAUGUUUAUUCCUGCCGCUUCCCCGUCAGAUGCAUCGUUGUGUGUCGUGCUAAAGGCGUUAAAUCUCUGUUUCGCCUCCACUGUCAUUUCCAUUACGGCGGUACUGAACUUUUCCUUCGCUGCCUCAAUGGCAAUCCUUCUAGGCAUUCCGCUUUCAAUAUCCCCCGCGUCAUCUCGGAGAACGAAACCAAAAUUCGUUUAUUAUAUUCCUUAUGCUUUGUUCGGCUUGGGUUGGUUGGUUCUCUGUCCGGAAGGAGUUCGCAAGGCGGUCUGGGACUGGGAAACCCUAGGAGUAUGGUUCGGGCCUUUCCUCAGUAUAGUAAUCUCCCCAUUGGUCCUCCAAGCUGGUGUAGUUUGCAUAUUGGCAUGACUUGAUAUACCAUGACUCAUUGGAUAGCAAACAAACUAUGGGAAGCGUUACGUCUCAGUACAAAUCAUCCAAGAAAGGUACUUUGGAUAUGUACAACGCGGCGCCACCAACAGCAAGACCAAACCACAACCAGGUGUAAGCAUCAAACCUAGGUUCUGCCCCAGCUUUCGAUGAUCGCCUGAG